AAAAAUUCAUUCUGCAUCAAUUCGAGUUUUCUAUCUAAACUCUUCCUCUUCUGUUGUUACAAUUCCCCUUUUGAGUUCUUAGGGUUCUUGGCUUCUUGCAGCUUAACGAUUAAAAUUGUUCCAUGCAAUCAGAAAAGAGAGAUCACCGCCAAUAAGAGUAGAUUCUCACACACGAUUCCGUGUACAAUUGUAGAGAAGAUGCUUUCAUGAACUUCAGUGGUGUGAAUGGUUGCGGGGGGCUAAGAUUAAUGUCUUUGUCCCCAGCAGUCAGCAGAUGAGCAUCGAUUCUGUGGAGAAGUCGGGAAGGGACACUAAUGAGCGUGCAACUCCGUUCCCCAUUUAUUGGGAUUUCAGUUUCUGGACCUCUAAAGGUUCGAAACAAUGUCUGUUUACCAUAUUUGGUGGGGUUUAGGAAACGGAGGCGGCCUCGUGAUAAGGUUCUUCGUGCCAAAAGGCAAGAUGAUUGGAAAGCACAGGCUGUUAGGUUUUCAGAUUUUUGCGGUAGAAAUGUAGAGUUGCUGAGGAAGGCAAUUGGAUCUAGAAAUGGCUUGAAAGUGGACUUUGUGGCAGAGCCUUUAACUAGAAGUAAAGCCUUUGUGAGGUCCUUGACUCCUUUGUGGCAAGAAGGCUUGCUCCUAGUGAGAUGUUCAGCUCUCGUAGUUGUGAUAUCUGGGGUUUGCUUGUUGGUAUGGUAUGGGCAAAACAAAGCCAAGCGUUAUAUAGAGGCCAAACUUUUGCCUUCUGUUUGCUCUAUGGUGAGUGAGUACAUCCAACGAGAUGUAAGUUUUGGUAAGGUUCGAGGAGUUUCUCCUUUAAGCAUUACUUUGGAGUCCUGCUCGAUUGGGCCUCAUUCUACUGAAUUUUCAUGUGGUGAGGUACCCACUAUGAAGCUUCGUCUUCGCCCAUUUGCAAGUUUGAGUAGGGGGAAGAUUGUAAUUGAUGCUGUACUGUCUCAUCCUACUUUACUGGUCGUGCAAAAGAAAGAUUACACCUGGUUGGGCAUCCCCUCUACUGAAGGUGGUCUCGAACGACACUUAUCCACCGAGGAGGGAAUUGAUUACCGUACAAAGGCUAGGAGGCUUGCUAGGGAGGAAUUAGCUGCUCAGUGGGCUAGAGAAAGGGAUAAUAAUGCUAAGGAAGCAGCAGAGAAAGGUUAUCUUGUUCUUGAGCAUGAUUCUACUCGGGCUGAAAAUGGUGUGGUGAAUCAUGACCCAACUCCUUUGUCAGAUACAACUAGCCCUGAAUCUUUUUCCUGUGUAGAUGAUAAGAUGCACUGGAGAGACCAUCAUUGUGCCGACACUAGUGUUGAUUAUGAUGUGAAGCAUGCUGAUCUCGAGAAAUCAUUUGGUAGAAGUUCAAGUCUUGAAUUAUGGAACCGAGUCAUCAAUGGACCCAGAAGAAAGUUUAAAAAGAGGAAAUCCAACGGUAUUGACAGCACUGUUGCUGGUAUUAGUGCCAAAAGGAAAAUCCUGGAACGUAGUGCAUCUGCAACGAUUGCCUAUUUCCAAGGUCUCUCAAAUGGCAAGUUUGAUGAUCCAUCUCAUUCACGUGGGGGUGGCUGUGAUACAGUGGAUUUUGAGAACAUUUUGGCGCCAAGCAAGGCUGUUAGUAGUGAUAUUGAUGUGAAUAGUGGGAAUCAAUAUCUUACAGAUAAAAAUAAAAACGUUGAUGGGAAUGGUGAUUCAGGGAUUGAGCCUUAUGCCGAGAGAAAAAGUAUUAUAGGGCAACUAGAUGACUUUGACCUCUUCCGAGAUCCAUUUCUGAUGACUUUAAGUAGACUGAAUGCAAUAGGAAAGUUGAGUAAUAAGUACCCUGUCGUUGGUCACAGUCUGGGGAGCACAAGAACCGGCAUUUUAGAUAAGGAAGAUUUAGUGAAUGUCGGUAUAGUUGGACAGAACAAUAAUGAUCUGUACAAGAUUUACAGUGGUCCUCCUGCAUCUCAGAAUUCGACUUCUGAAAAGCCUGAGACUGAAUCGUCAGUUUUACGUCCAGUUCCAGUUAAGCCAGUGAAUUUGAAGUCUGCAUUGCCUUAUGCCUCAAGAAACAUUGUGAAUUUCUCAAACAAUCCUUUUGUUAGCCCCAUGGCGAAGUCAAAGUCAAAGUCAGGUGUUGGUCCAACAUUCGAAGACAUAGUGGCAGAACUUGCUGAUGAAGUAGAUAUUGUGCAUGCUGAAGGAAUUGAGAAGAAGCUUCCUGUUUACCUAGAUUCUAUUAUUUUUAAGGGGGGAACUCUUAUGCUAAUGGCUUACGGAGAUCGAGAACCUAGAGAGAUGGAGAAUGCCAGUGGACAUGUGAAAUUCCAAAACCACUAUGCACGAGUGCAUGUUCAGUUAAGUGGCAAUUGUAAGAUGUGGAACACUGAUGCAAUUUCUGAAGACGGUGGCUGGUUGGCUGUUGACGUGUUUGUUGACAAUAUUGAGCAGAAAUGGCAUGCCAAUUUAAAAAUUUCAGACCUUUUUGCUCCUCUUUUUGAAAGGAUCUUAGAAAUUCCAAUCAGCUGGUCCAAUGGAAGAGCCUCUGGUGAGGUGCACUUGUGUAUGUCUAGAGGAGAAACAUUUCCUAAUCUUCAUGGACAGAUUAAUGUGACAGGAUUAGCAUUUCAAAUAUUUGAUUCCCCAUCUUCAUUUUCUGUAAGUUCUAUGAGCAUUUCAUAUAUUCAUUUGUCUUUAUUGCGAGGUUUUAUGAUCCUUGGCUUCUCUUCACAUCCUGUAACUUAUAAUGACCAAAAAUCAAAGAUUUUCCGAGGACAUAGCAGCCAGUUUAUGUUUCCGUGGUCAAAGAAUUUUCUUGCAUAAUGCUAGUGGCUGGUUUGGCAAUGUUCCUUUAGAAGCUUCAGGAGAUUUUGGAAUUCAUCCAGAGGAAGGAGAGUUUCAUAUCAUGUGCCAGGUUCCAUCUGUUGAAGUUAAUGCACUGAUGAAAACUUUUAAGAUGCGACCUCUAGUAUUUCCGGUGGCAGGCUCUGUAACAGCUGUAUUUAACAUGCAAGGUCCCCUAGAUGCUCCUGUAUUUGUUGGAAGUGGAAUGGUCUCGAGAAAGAUAUCCCAUUCAGGCUUAGAUGUCCCCAUAUCCGCUGCAUCUGAAGCAAUGCUAAAAUGUAAAGAGGCUGGAGCUGUGGCUGCAUUUGACCGUGUUCCAUUGUCAUAUGUAUCGGCUAAUUUCACAUUCAAUACGGAUAACUGUAUGGACUUUCACCUAUGUAAUAGGUGGCUGAUUUAUAUGGGAUCAGAGCUAGCCUUGUAGAUGGCGGAGAGAUUCGAGGCGCAGGCAAUGCAUGGAUAUGCCCAGAGGGUGAGGUGGAUGAUAAGGCAAUUGAUGUGAAUUUUUCGGGAAAUUUGUCUUCCGAUAAAAUUUUGGACCGCUAUAUGCCUGGUUAUCUUCAACUUAUGCCACUGAAGUUAGGUGAACUAACUGGAGAGACAAAGCUUUCGGGAUCACUUUUGAGGCCGAGGUUUGACAUCAAGUGGAUUGCACCUAAAGCUGAAGGGUCAUUUGUUGAUGCUCGAGGGGACAUUGUGAUCUCUCAUGAUUAUAUAAAAAUCAAUUCUUCAUCUGUUGCUUUUGAUUUACUUUCAAAAGUUCAGACCUGUUAUCCUGACGACUAUCAUGGAAGAGAAGAGUCUUCUGCAAAUACUUCUAUGCCCUUUACAGUUGAAGGAGUUGAAGUAGAUUUGCGAAUGCGUGGUUUUGAGUUUUUCAGCUUGGUCUCUUCUUAUCCUUUUGACUCUCCACGACCAACACAUUUGAAAGCGACGGGCAAGAUAAAGUUUCAGGGAAAAAUUGAGAAGCCUGGCAUUCCUGCGGAGGAAAAUCUUUCUUCUAAGAGUGCGCAACAUGUAGGUUUAGGAGGGUUCAGAGAAAGUCUUGUUGGAGAAGUUUCAGUAUCGGGUCUCAGAUUGAAUCAGUUGAUGCUGGCUCCUCAGCUAUCUGGUCAGUUCAGCAUUUCUAGUGACCAUAUCAAGUUGGAUGCCACGGGUAGACCAGACGAAAGUCUAGCAGUGGAAGUUGUUGGGCCAAUACGGCCCAUUCUUGAGGAAACUUCCCAAAAUGGAAAGUUAUUGUCUUUUUCCCUCCAGAAGGGCCAGCUGAAAGUCAAUAUGUGUUUCCUGCCAAUGCAUUCUGCAACCUUGGAGGUCCGAAAUUUUCCCUUAGAUGAACUGGAGUUGGCAUCACUACGAGGAACCAUCCAAAAGGCUGAAAUUCAGCUUAAUUUUCAGAAAAGAAGGGGCCAUGGCUUGUUAUCUGUGCUUCAUCCGAAGUUCAGUGGCAUUCUAGGUGAAGCUCUAGAUGUGGCUGCCAGAUGGACCGGAGAUGUUAUCACCAUUGAAAAAACUGUUCUGGAACAAGUGAAUAGCUAUUACGAGCUUCAAGGGGAGUAUGUGCUACCUGGCACUCGCGACCGGAGCCUGUUAGGGAAGGACAAGGGUGCCGCCUUGUUUGAACGAGUGAUGACUGGUCAUCUGGGAAGUGUCAUAUCUUCCAUGGGAAGGUGGAGGAUGAGACUUGAAGUUCCUCGAGCUGAGGUUGCCGAGAUGCUCCCAUUGGCAAGACUCCUCUCGCGAAGCACAGAUCCUGUUGUUCGCUUGAGAUCUAAGGACCUUUUUAUGCAGAAUCUGCAAUCUGUUGGACUCUAUCCUGAAACACUUCAGGCUUUACUGCAGGAAAUAAAGGGGCAUCGUACUGCUCCAAAUGAGGUUAUUCCUGAGGACAUAAGUCUUCCAGGACUUGCUGAACUUAAAGGUCGUUGGCGGGGUUCUCUUGAUGCAAGUGGUGGAGGCAAUGGAGACACGAUGGCAGAAUUCGACUUCCACGGGGAGGACUGGGAGUGGGGAACAUACAAUACUCAGAAGGUUCUAGCAGUUGGUGCAUACAGCAACAACAAUGGGUUGCACCUUGAAAGGUUGUUUAUUCAAAAGGAUAAUGCGACGGUACACGCUGAUGGGACUUUAUUAGGACCAAAAACUAGUCUGCAUUUCGCUGUCCUAAACUUCCCUGUCAGUCUGGUUCCUACUUUGGUUCAGGUAGUUGAGUCUUCAGCAUCAGAUACUGUUCAUUCAUUGAGACAACUGUUAGCUCCAAUCCGGGGUAUAUUGCACAUGGAAGGAGAUCUGAGAGGAAGUUUGUCUAAACCGGAAUGUGAUGUGCAAGUAAGGCUCUUAGAUGGUGCUAUUGGAGGCAUUGAUUUGGGUCGAGCAGAAGUUGUGGCAUCUCUAACUUCAACUAGCCGAUUUUUGUUCAAUGCCAAAUUCGAACCAAUAGUACAGAAUGGUCAUGUGCAUAUACAAGGAAGUAUACCUCUUACGUUUGUGCAAAAUAACUUGGAAGAAGAAGAUACUGAGACGGAUAACAGUGGAGCAACUUGGUUUCCUGGUUGGGCCAAGGAAAGGGGAAGGGGCUCUUCUGAUGAAGCCAUCGAAAAGAAACUAUUCAGAGAUAGAAGUGAAGAUGGUUGGAAUUCUCAAUUAGCAGAAAGUCUUAAAGUUUUGAGUUGGAAUUUCUUGGAUGUCGGAGAAGUUAGGGUUGAUGCUGAUAUCAGGGAUGGGGGAAUGAUGCUGUUGACAGCUUUAUCUCCUUAUGCUAACUGGGUUCAUGGCAGUGCUGAUAUUAUGCUUGAGGUCAGAGGAACUGUUGAGCAACCUGUGGUGGAUGGAUUUGCUACAUUCCAUAGGGCAUCUAUAUCUUCACCCGUACUUAGGAAGCCACUCACAAACCUUGGUGGUUCAGUGCACGUAAAGUCAAACAGAUUGUGCAUCACUUCAUUAGAGAGCAGGGUUAGCAGGAAAGGGAAGCUGUUCAUUAGAGGUAAUUUACCUCUUCGAACAAGUGAAGCUUCCACUGAUGAUAAGAUUGAAUUGAAAUGUGAAGUCCUGGAAGUCCGAGCAAAGAACGUUUUAAGUGGCCAGGUUGACACUCAGAUGCAAGUGACAGGUUCCAUACUGCAACCUAACAUCUCCGGAAACAUCAAAUUGAGCCAUGGAGAAGCGUAUCUUCCACAUGAUAGAGGUAGUGGAGCUAGUUCGUUUAAUAGACUAGCAUCUAACCCAGCAAGACUACCUGGUGGUGUCAAUCUAGCAGCUGCUUCUAGAUAUGUAUCACGUUUUUUUGGUACGGAACCUGCUUCAGGGACCAAGUUCGCUCAGCACACUGUCAAAUCAACUCAAGUUGAGAAGGAUUUGGAGCAAGUGAAUGUCAAACCAAAUGUUGAUAUUCGCCUUACUGACUUGAAGCUUAUGUUGGGACCAGAGCUGAGAAUAGUGUAUCCUCUGAUUCUCAAUUUCGCUGUCAGUGGGGAGCUGGAGCUAAAUGGUCCAGCUCAUCCCAAGUUGAUCAAACCUAGGGGCGUGCUGACAUUUGAAAAUGGCGAUAUUAAUCUUGUUGCAACUCAAGUGAGGCUUAAACGAGAGCAUCUAAAUAUUGCAAAAUUUGAGCCAGAGCAUGGUUUAGAUCCUAUGCUGGAUUUGGUUCUGGUUGGAUCAGAGUGGCAAUUCAGGAUCCAAAGCAGAGCAAGCAAUUGGCAGGACAAACUGGUCGUGACCUCAACAAGAUCUAUGGAACAGGAUGCUCUUUCUCCUACUGAGGCUGCUAGAGUUUUCGAGAGUCAAUUGGCAGAAUCCAUAUUGGAGGGUGAUGGCCAACUUGCAUUCAAGAAGCUUGCUACUGCGACACUUGAAACCCUGAUGCCAAGGAUUGAAGGGAAGGGAGAGUUUGGGCAUGCUAGAUGGAGGCUAGUCUAUGCUCCCCAGAUCCCAAGUCUGCUUUCUGUAGAUCCGAUGGUUGAUCCUUUGAAAUCGCUAGCCAGUAACAUAUCCUUUGGUACAGAAGUAGAGGUCCAGCUUGGGAAACGCUUACAGGCGUCGAUUGUGAGGCAGAUGAAAGACUCCGAAAUGGCCAUGCAAUGGACACUCAUCUACCAGCUCACCAGUCGGUUGCGUGUUCUUCUGCAGUCUGCUCCUUCGAAGCGCCUCCUUUUCGAGUAUUCCGCAACCUCACAGGACUAGCUGCACACCAUCGCCGUAGUUUUGCAGGUUUCUCGAUUGGAGCAGUUAAAAAGGGUUCUCGAGAGCGUGGUAAAUAGCAGUUGGCUGGUUGGUAGUAGCCGCGAUACGAGGAUAGAAAGAUGUACAUAUAUUCCGUUUAUUCUUUAGCUCAUGGAAAUGUGUGAGCUUGUCUAUAAUCUAGGCUAGUUUGUCAUCACCAACAGUGUCUACGUACGUUCUUCACCCCCCCAUCCCUCAACCCACGUCUCGCUCCCUCCUCUUAUGGCAUGAAUUCCAUUUCACUGUGAUUGUUUAAAAUGUGUAUUUUAGGAACGAAUUCGCCCACCCACAACUAAGCGGGUGAACUUAAAUUGGUAGGAGUGUGAGACUGUAUUCUCUCAAAAAUUGGUUGGACUGUAUUCGGUGUUGGAGCCAGAAAAUUAGUGAAGGGAGUGUAUUCUUCCUAUAAUAAAAAAAACUUCAUGAUGAAAA